AUGGACCUCUCUAUAGGUACUGUGCUCUUCUUGAUCUUCUCCAGCUACCUCUCGGAUGCAAAAACCCCAAACUAUACAAUUGAACUCUCAGUGCCAAAUGGAGGCCCAUGGGGUGAAUGGGGACCCAUAGAAUUCUGUCUCAAAGGACAUGCAAAUGGAUUCAGAUUGAAGGUAGACCCAUGGAAACUUUAUCAUUUAUUUAAAGAUGAUACAUCUCUGAAUGGCAUCCGCCUCAUUUGCACGGAUGGCUCAGUAAUUCAAUCUGAUGUUGGACCGUAUGGACAAUGGACAAAGGAGGAGACUUGUCCUAAAGGCCGUCUAAUCUCAUUUUCUCUGAGAGUACAAGAAUCACAAGGAGUAGAUGAUGAUACAUCUGCUAACAAUAUCAGGUUCAGCUGCGAACAUGGGGCUGUCCUGACAGGUCAUUCAACUGACUGGGGUACUUUUGGCCCAUGGAGUGCAAUCUGUCCUAAAGGCGCCAUAUGUGGAAUUCGGACAAGAAUUGACAACAAAGUACAGCCUGAUCAAGGAGAAGGUGAUGAUACAGCACUUAAUGAUGUUAAGUUUUACUGCUGUAGAUGA